AUGCCACAAGCAAGGCAAUCAACUCUCGGCAAGUUCCUCGGGAACAAACAAGGCGGCAACAAAUCCAGAACUCAAUCUACCCUCUCCUUCCACCAGAAGUCAACAUCCAACGGCAAGAAAGCGGAUGACCCACUCGAAGAAGAGAAGAAUGGGACCCUGGAGCAGGGGACAAGGCAUUUGGAUGCCGUCGAGAACGGCAAGGCUGAAGCAAACAAUUCCCCAAGCAGAAAGCAUAAGCUAGAGGGCGAAGAGGAGGUGGAGGAGGAAGAUUCUGAUGAUCAGCCUGUGGUCAAAAGAAGGAGGAGGACAUCUGCAUCCAAAGACAAUCCCAAAGUGUCCCCAAAGACAAACGGUGCGGCAUCCAGAUCGAAAGCUGGCGUCAACACUGAAAAGACAUCCUCGAAAACAGUCAAGCUGGAUCAGGCGGUACCAGACCCAUCAGAUCGGGACAGUAGCGUCUCAGAAGUUGAACAAGAUGUCUCUGGAAGUGACGAUGAGAAUCCCAAGGUCGAUAAAAAACAAGUCGCCAAAAUUCAAGCCACCAUCAAGUCAACGGAAAAUGAUCCUUACCCAGAUUGGAACGCUGGCGAACCCGUCCCUUAUGCGGCACUGUGCACAACAUUCUCCUUGAUUGAACUCACGACAAAGCGUCUCCAAAUCACAGCUUAUUGUUCGUCUUUUCUGCAGCAAGUUCUUCGAUUGACUCCUCAAGACCUCCUGCCUACGAUCCAACUCAUGCUGAACAAGCUCGCCGCGGACUACGCCGGGAUCGAGCUAGGGAUAGGGGAAUCCCUCAUCAUGAAAGCCAUCGGAGAGAGCUCGGGCCGCUCCUUAUCUGUCAUCAAGGCCGAUCAUCAAAAAAUUGGUGACCUAGGUCUGGUUGCUGCCCAAAGCAAAUCGAAGCAGAGCCAAAUGUUCAAACCCAAGCCGCUCACUGUGAGAGGCGUCCAUCAGGGAUUACUCGAUAUCGCUAAGAUGGAAGGACAUGGCUCACAAGAUCAGAAAGUUCGAGCUAUCAAUAAACUUAUGGCGUCUGCAGACGUCUCAUCCGCAAGUAAAACCGUCGACAUUACCAAGGACAAAGGGGGACCAUCCGAGGCUAAGUUCUUGGUUCGUUUCCUUGAAGGAAAACUGAGACUCGGCCUCGCAGAGAAGACAGUCAUCAUUGCCCUGGCACAGGCGGUGGUAACUCACGAGGCUGCGAAAGAGGGCAAGGUACCCACCACAGAUCAAUUGGCGCAGGGAGAGGCGGUUCUGAAGAUGGUUUACAGCCAGCUCCCUUCAUACGAAGUAAUCAUUCCGGCAAUGCUGGAAAAUGGCAUCUUCAACUUAUACGAGACGUGCAAGUUGCAGCCGGGAGUGCCCCUGAAACCCAUGCUUGCCAAACCAACCAAGUCAAUCACUGAGGUGCUUGAUCGCUUCGAGGGCAAGAACUUCACAUGCGAAUAUAAAUACGAUGGAGAACGUUCGCAGAUCCACUAUAUUGCGCCUGAAGCCAUGUCCGAGUACCCGGCGGCACAAAAUACCCUCACCAAGGACCCAAAGGCAUUUAAGGGUCUGGCGGCGGUUUUUUCAAGGAACUCUGAGGAUCUAUCCAAGAAAUACCCCGAUAUCCUGGAGAAACUCAACACGUGGGUUAAACCCUCAACAAAGAGUUUUGUGCUCGACUGCGAAACCGUCGCCUGGGAUCCUCAAAACAAGAAAGUCCUGCCAUUCCAACAAUUGAUGACCCGCAAGCGCAAAGAUGUCAAGACAUCUGAGGUCACUGUCCAAGUCUGUGUCUUUGCUUUCGAUCUACUCUUUUAUAAUGGUGAAGCACUGGUACAUAAAUCAUUCCGUGAAAGACGGGAAGUGUUGCAUGAUGCCUUCGUGCCAACAGAGGGCGAAUUCCAAUUUGCCCAGUACGGCGACGCGAAGGACGUCGAAGAGAUUCAGCACCUGCUCGAUGAUUCUGUCAAAGCAUCCUGCGAAGGUCUAAUGGUGAAGAUGCUCGACACCGAAGAAUCAGCCUACGAGCCAUCCAAACGAUCGAGAAACUGGCUCAAAGUGAAGAAGGACUACCUCUCAGGCAUCGGCGACUCAUUGGAUCUUGUGGUUCUGGGAGCUUAUCACGGCAAAGGCAAACGCACUUCCUGGUAUGGCGCUUUUCUUCUUGCCGCAUACAAUCCAGACACCCAAAGCUUCGAGACCGUCUGCAACAUAGGUACCGGUUUCUCCGAAUCCCUGCUCGAGGAGCUCGCGAAGGAGCUCUCCGAAAUCGUGAUCGAGCGUCCAAAACCCUUUUACUCUCACUCGACGGUGAAGAAUGACCAACCAGACGUCUGGUUCGAGCCGCGCCACGUUUGGGAAGUAAAGACCGCAGACCUUACGCUGAGCCCCAGGUACAGGGCCGCAAUCGAGGAAAUGGGCGGCAAGAACGGGAUCAGCCUCAGGUUUCCUCGGUUCAUUCAACGGAGAGACGACAAGAAGCCGGAAGACGCGAGCACCAGUGCCCAAGUAGCCGAGAUGUAUAGGAAGCAGGAGGUGAUGCAGAAGGAACAGUCGAGCAAGACUGGCGUGGACGACGACUUCGAGUAUUAG